AUGAAAAUUGUAUUCCCUGAAUAUGAAUUACAUGAACAUUUCAACUCAAGAUAUUUACAAAACAGUUUGUCGUUUGAUUCUGGCGUGUCCACGGUGCCCCUGAAUCAUGACGUGAAUACUCCAGCCCAGGUGACCGGUCAUUUUGGAACCAUAAGUUAUUCUAAAGGCGCUGCAUUCCUUAGAAUGCUUGUGGAUAUGAUUACGCCGGAAACGUUUAGGAAGGCCUGCAAAUACUUCUUAACAGACAAUGCAUAUCAAGCAACGGACCAAUACGACCUCUACAAUGCUUUUGUUAAAGCCAUACGAGAAGAUGGCUCUUUGAACAGCUAUCAACACUUCAAUUUCACCGACUUUUAUCGCAUUUGGGUAAAUGAGGCUGGUUAUCCCAUCUUGAAUGUCGAGGUCAAUUAUGCAGCGGGUGAAAUUCAACUGAGCCAAGAAAGGUUCUUCUUAAGUGGAACAGCGCAAACCACAGGCCAAAUAUAUCCGAUACCAAUCACAUACUCCACCAAGUCGAAACCUGAAUUCGAAAACCUAAGACCUGCUUUGAUGAUGACGGGUAACAGGGCUGUGCUGCGAACAAAUACUGCUGAAGAAUGGGUUAUGUUCAACCAUCAACAACAUGGUCUUUAUAGAGUCAACUACGAUGAGAAGACGUGGAAUUUAAUAGCUGAUGCCUUAUUGGAGGAACCUGAAUCUAUUCACUAUUUGAACAGAGGUCAAGUCGUAGACGACGUAUUUGCUCUAAUGAGAUCCGGAAGAAUGACGUACGAUUUUGGCUUCAAAAUCCUUCGAUUCCUUCGCAACGAGGUUAACUACCACGUUCUGAAUCCUGCUAUUUCUGGCUACACCUGGCUACGUAAUCGUUUCGCACAUAUGCCGGAAACGCAAUCUACUUUUGAUGCUCAUAUUCUUAGCUAUUUGGAACACGCUAUUAAUACGUUAGGCUUCGAACCAGCUGCUAAUGAAACCGCAACUACGAGUCUUACUCGGCAAGAAGUUCUGCAUUUUGCUUGUACAAUGGGACAUGAACGAUGUGUAACGGAAUCCAAAAACCGAUUCGCUGCUAUGAGGAGGGGGACAUGGAUUGAUCCUCGCAUUCGACGUAACGUAUAUGUAGUUGGUAUAAGAGAGGGAGGCGCUGACGAUUUUAACUUCCUUCUGAAUCGCUUCCACUCAUCCAACUACGCAAAUGAUCAACUGGAGAUGUUAAGAGGCUUAGGUGCCACUCGGGACCCGCAGCUUCUAACUAGAUAUCUCGAGCUAACACUGACGAAAGAAGUUAGAUCACAUGAUAAAGUCAACUCAUUUAACUAUGCACUUUUGGGUAAUAGAAUAAAUGCGGUUACUGUUCUACAGUUUGUCAAAAAUAACAUCGAAGCUAUAAGAAAGGAAUACGUAGAAGACGCACCACCAAACCCAGUUCACACGGCACUUUCCAAUCUAGCUGGCUACUUGGAUGAAGAAUAUUUGAAUGAGUUAGAAAACACCUACAAGUAA